GGAACCUCCUUUUGUAACUGUUCUGUGCUUCGCUGAUCCAUCAAUUUGUGCUGCACAUCAACACAAGCACCAUCUUCGGUUCGUUCACUGGCUGUUUUUGUUUCUGAGAUCCACGCUGCUGACCGUAAUAGUUCUGACUCCUUCACUCUUCAGGAUAAAUGGCGAGGAUCAAACCUCAAGCUCUACUACAGCAAAGCAAGAGGAAAAAGGGGCCUUCUCGAAUAAGUGCCACUACUAUUAUAUUUUACAGCUUGAUUCCUGUCUUGGUUGUGUUUUUCCUGUUCAGUGCGUACAGACAUUGGUCCCACAGGUCAAGAUUUGCAUCAGAGAACCACAUUACAACCUCUCAGGCUGAAAAUUCUUUUGGAGACUCAAAGAAGUCUGAGCUGCCCGGAUAUGCUGUUUUAAAUACCUCUAAAGGCUCCAUAGUAAUUGAACUUUACAAGGAAAGUGCUCCUGAAGUUGUUGAUGAAUUUAUUGACUUAUGUCAAAAAGGGCAAUUCAAGGGAAUGCUUUUCCACCAUGUAAUUAAGCACUAUGUGAUUCAGGCUGGAGAGAACCAAGGGACUGGGGCGACAGAAGAUUGGAACCUAAGAGGAAAACAUUAUUCGAGCGUGAAGCAUGAAGCGUUCAUGCUUGGAACUUCCAAGGGCAAACACUUGAACAAAAAAUUUGAUCUUUUCAUUACAACUGCACCAAUACCAGAUCUAAAUGAGAAGCUUAUUAUAUUUGGCCGAGUCAUCAAGGGAGAGGAUGUUGUUCAGGAAAUUGAAGAAGUGGAUACAGAUGAACACUUCCAACCUAAAAUAUCUAUUGGAAUACUUGAUGUGACGCUCGAACAGAAGAUCUGAUGGACUUCGUCCAAAUCAGAAAGUAUAUUGACAUUGAAUAGUUUUCUGCCAAUAACUUCUUUCGGUGCUCCAGUCAAAAUUUUUUGGCAAAGGUUCAUUACUGAAGUUUUGGGGACUUGGUACCGUGUGGCCCAUUGUGUGUUCCUUUAUCUCUGGGGCACUGAGACGAGCCCUAGGCACGUGGCUGUUUGGUUGAAGGUUUGGCAGUUUCUCUUUUCUUUUCCGUACUACACAUUGAAUGUAACUUUGAUGAACAUGAUGAGAUCAUCACAAAGGGCUUUUGUUGCUUUGUCGUUACCUAUGUGUUGUUUAAAUUUAUGGUUCUUUCAUUGGUGAGCUAGAAUAGCAGCCUUUGUAAACUACUUUGUACUGUAAUAUUGCUCUUAAACAGCAUUAUUAACCCGUUAGGUUUAGAAUGCGGCGAGAGUGAGAUGAGGACAACAUUUGUGAGUCUGAAACUGAAAUUGUAGCUGUUCCAUCCAUUGCACUUUUGACCGCUGAUUCUGAAUGAGAUUUAGUUUGUAGGGUAUUUUACACUACAAACUAAAUUUUAUAUUACAGCGUAAA